UUUGUCACAAUUAAAGAAAUGCACUGGGCUUAUAGUAAAAUUAUUUAAACAAUUGUUGUGUGAAAAUAUAACUUAUAAUCUCGCGAGGUCUGUGUAUCCACGUGAAUUAAUCUACAUCACCGGUAGGAAGGGCAUUGGUGUCACUGAUAGACCUAAGAGAAUGUCGAACUCAGUUGUAACCGCUAGCCGAAACAAUCUUUUUGGCAACCCUUUCUUCACUACUGCCAAAUGUGAAAGUAACAUUAGCCCCACAAGAUCAAUUGCUGCUGCUGCAGGAGAUUCAGACUACAGUUGUGAAUUUGGCUCAGGGAAAUAUUAUGCUUACUGUGGACUUGGUGGUCUUCUCAGCUGUGGUAUCACACAUACAGCUGUGGUCCCACUUGACAUGGUGAAAUGUAGAAUUCAAGUCAAUCCUGGCAAGUAUGGAGGCAUUGUGAAAGGGUUCAAGGUCACCAUUGCAGAAGAAGGAACUAGAGCUCUUGCCAAAGGAUGGGCCCCAACAUUUUUUGGUUAUUCCAUGCAAGGAGUUUGCAAGUUUGGAUUUUAUGAAGCUUUCAAAAUAUUGUACACUGGCAUGCUAGGAGAGGAAAAUGCUUAUUUGUGGCGUACCAGUUUAUAUUUAGCAGCAAGUGCAUCAGCUGAGUUUUUUGCUGACAUUGCUCUCUGUCCCAUGGAAGCAGUGAAAGUUCGUAUUCAGACACAGCCUGGCUGGAGCACAACUUUAAGAGAAGGUUUACCUAGGAUAUUGAAGGAUGAAGGAACUCUUGGCCUUUACAAAGGAUUGGUUCCACUGUGGGCCCGUCAGAUCCCAUACACCAUGAUGAAGUUUGCUUGUUUUGAGCGCACUGUUGAAGCACUGUACAAGUUUGUGGUGCCCAAACCACGUUCUGAGUGCAGCAAGUCUGAGCAGUUGGUUGUCACAUUUGCAGCUGGUUACAUUGCUGGUGUCUUCUGUGCCAUUGUCUCUCACCCCGCUGAUACUAUUGUGUCCAAACUGAACCAGAACAAGGGAAGCAACUUUGUGGAUGUAGCCAAAUCUCUAGGUCUCCUUGGCAUGUGGAAGGGACUGUUCCCCAGGAUCAUCAUGAUUGGUACGCUCACAGCCUUGCAGUGGUUCAUCUACGACUCUGUGAAAGUGGCUUUCCGCCUUCCUCGUCCACCACCCCCAGAGAUGCCAGAGUCACUGAAACGUAAACUUGGUGUAAAUUAAGGACAGUAACUCAGUAGAUUUUAUUUUUUUUGUAGCAACCAAAUGAUUAUACAACUUAAACUAGAGAUUGUCUCCCUUAAGUUUGGGAACAGUUAAAAAUAAUGUUGAAAUUCUACUGACAGUACAAUGAGAAAGGUUAGGUUUUUUUUUUUGUGUGUUUUACAAGUUUUGUGUUUGACACCUUGACAGUAUUGCAGAAGACAAAUUGGAUAAUUGAAAAAAAGAUAUUUUUUUUUUAGAUUUGUGUGUGGAGUUAUUAUUGUAGUAUAUUCUAUAUAUUUGGAUUUUUUUAAAAACCAUUUAUGUGGACAUAGACUGGCUCUGUUAGUCUUGUUAAUUGUAUGAUUGAUAUUGUUUUCACAAUGGGGAUGGGUGUAUAGUUGGUCUGCAAAAGCUGCCUGGUCAUAGCACUGACAUCAAAUUUGUCCAUGCAGCACAUUUUUAACUGUACAUUGUUACAUAUUUUUUUUUCAUAGGUGCAAAACAAAUUUGUAUAAAAUUGAAAGAAUUAAUAAACAAAUGUUAAAUCUUGUA